AUGUCGUCCUCACCGACAACCACGCGUAGGAAAUCCACUUCCUCAGGCACUUUGCAUCGUCGCCCAUCACUGUCGCCCACCCGGUCCAGGCGAGACGCACCGUCUCCUACACAACCGUACCACGCGCUCCCCCGCCCCGAGCGACCGAGCAACCCACCUGAACCGCCCCUCACACUCUUGCACCCCACCACUUCGCGCUCGAUCCCGCCUCCCGAUCGUCAAGAUGGUGCUGACGAUGAGGAGGACUCGUCCGACCCGUCGUCUCCUGGCACCAAGAGGCGCCAGGGCGCUGCUCUAGGCAAGGGCCGCAGCUCAUGGAUGCCGUUCGCGGGCAUGAUCCGCGAUGUCAAGGCGCGUGCACCGUGGUACAUCUCCGACUGGACUGAUGCGUGGAACUAUCGUGUCAUCCCGUCGACAUGGUUCAUCUUCUUUGCGAACGUGCUUCCCGGCCUCGCAUUCUCGCUCGAUCUGAUUGAAACGACAGGCCAGUAUGGUGUUCAGGAGGUGCUUCUUGCAUCGUUCAUGGCGGCAUUCGUCGCUUCGUUCUUUGGCGGACAGCCACUACUGAUUUCUGGCGUGACAGGACCCAUCACGGUCUUCAACAAGACCAUCUACGAUAUAUUCGCGGGUCGCGAUGACUUCAACUAUCUUCACUUUAUGGGAUGGGUCUACCUCUGGGGCGCUAUCUUGCAUUGGAUCGCUGCGUCUUUGAAUGCGGUCAAGGGUCUCAAAUGGGUCACUCGCUUCUCGUGCGACACAUUCGGCUUCUAUGUCGCCGCCGUGUAUGUCCAGUACGGUAUCCAGGUCGUCACGCGCCAGUUCCACCAGUCGUCCACCCCUGCUGCGUUCCUCGGCAUCAUCCUGGCUAUUGUGACGACUGUUGUUCCACACUACUUCAACGCCAUUGCGCGCUCAGGUUACGGCAACAAGCACUUUCGCCGCUUCUGUGCCGACUAUGGCAUGCCCAUUACGAUCAUUGCCAUGACGGGGUUUGCAUACUGGGGCCGCUUUGACCCAUUCGUGCUCGAGUCCGCCAUGACGCUCCCGACCACAACCCACUCGUUCCAACCUGCUUCUGGCCGCGCUUGGCUGGUGCGUUUCUGGCAGCUGGACGCCAAGUACGUCGGCAUUGCGUUCCCUUUUGGUGUGGUGCUCUUUAUUCUGUUCUACUUUGACGCCAACGUGUCGUCGCUCAUCGCGCAAGGCUCCGAGUUCCCCUUGCGUAAGCCCUCAGGUUUCCACUGGGACUUCUUCCUUCUGGGCAUCACGGCCUUCAUCGCCGGUCUGCUUGGUGUCCCGGCUCCCAACGGUCUCAUCCCCCAGGCCCCCUUGCAUACGGCCUCGCUGGUGGUCAUGGGCUAUGACGAGCAGGCCGUCGAAGACCACGCCAUGUCCGAGAUGGAGGACGGCAGAUCGCUCUCCCCGGAAGUGUCGCACACGCGGUCGCGUUCGAGGUCGAGAGCUGAGAAGCCACGCGCCAUGUCGUCCAACUCGUCUGGCCUGACUCGCCGCGUGUCGCGUGUAAGCGAGACCGUGCGCGAUGCCCGUCAGCGCCGCCGCGAGAUUGCAGAGGCAAGGAAGGAAACGCGCGAGGUGCCAGUGUCGGUUGUGGAGCAGCGUGUGUCCAACCUCGCACAGGGUUGUCUUUGUCUCGUCCUCAUGACCAAGCCAUUCGAACAUGUCCUCGGCUUGAUCCCCAAGGGCGUCAUGGCCGGUCUCUUCUGGUACAUGGGUUCUGACGCGCUCCUUACGUCCGGCGUGACCGAGAAGAUGCUCUACCUCAUUCGUGACCCUCGCGCUCGCUCCCCUACCGAUGCCCUCAACAAGGUCCGCAAGUCGCGCAUUGUUCUGUUCACCUUGAUCGAGCUCGUUGGCUUUGGCGCGACCUUUGCCAUUACGCAAACGAUUGCGGCUAUCGGUUUCCCCGUCAUCAUCAUGCUGCUCGUCCCUGUCCGGGUAUUGAUUGUGCCCUUGCUUGGAUUCACUGAUGCCGAACUGGCUGUCCUGGACGGUCCUGUAGCCAGUCCCUUUACAAUGGAGUCUGUUGGAGGGUCUGUCUAA